CCAUAUCUUGAAAGCCGUUGACACAUGAUCGUAACGACGCCAAUGCUCCCGAUCUCGACCAAUUGGCGAAAAUCUUUUGCACGCAACAUAUAGCUUACAUUUGGCCACUAGCGCGCUUACCAUAACUAACGACGAUCAAAGGCAGGUGAACACUCGUACAAGCGAACACAACAUGAGGUCGGUGUCUCUUAGCGUGUUGCUUCUACUCUUUGGAGUGGUUUGCUGUGUUGAAGGUCGUGGCUACUUGAGUAAGAGACCACGUCCACAAAUAGAUCUGCCUGAAAAGGGGGUGUCAAAAGCUACCCAGAUGGCUAAGCCUGAGAAGACAUCCAUAAACCGUCCAGCUAGUUCUCGAUCAUCGAGAUGCCCGCGACCUCGAUGUACCUUUGGUCGCAUCCCAGACGCCUGUCGACAGGAAACGUUUUUCACAACAAAAGCCGGUAGACGGUGUAAAGGAUGCGAUAUUGACAUUUGCCCAGACGGAAAUUUUGAUACCGGAAGUACUUCUUUCACUGAUCAGAUAUCUGCCGGAAGUGAUCUUUUCCGUGAUUCCGUUUCAAGAAGUCGACAGGCUGAAAGGAGACAACCGCCCAGAAGAGUUCAAGAUGAUUUUCGCAACAAUGAACUUUUUGAUAAUCAGAGUACACGCAGAGGAUCAAGAAGGCAAUCUAGUGGACAGUCAACGUUUUUGCGAAGCAAUCGUAAUCGUAUUCCAGUGACAGAUAACAGCUGGGCAUCUCCAGGUUUCUAAAUAAUGUAACAUUUAGACUGCAAAUAAUUCAUUGAUAUCAAGUUCAAAUGAACCAUACUAAGAUCUGUGUUUUAAAUUAGAUUUCAUAAUACUUAGAUAGUAGGUAUUGGUAUUUUUAUGAUAUCAUAUACGCGUCGUCUGAAUUUAUAGCGUAUCGCGUUAUAACAAGAUAGAUGAGUUGUUUUAGCAAGAAAGAUAAUUGUAAUAACAAAUAGAUUUCUUGCAUGGUAAUAAUGAGUAAUAGAAUCUUCCCCUACCUUGGGGUUGUAACAGAGAAAUGUCAAACCAAAUAAGUAAUAUUCUCUUUUUCUAUAUCUCUGCAAAGCCUCGGGUUAUACAAUCAGGAAUAUCAACCGGAGACGUGUGCUCAAGAUAGGGGGUUGUUAUUUUCCUCUCAUCAUACUAUUUUAUUUAUUCAGGUCCAGUUGUUCAAAUAUUUUUAAAGUAUUGCAAUGUAACGCAUCAUUGAUAUGACAUCAUUAUAUUGGUGCCGCGAAGUCCUUGUAUCAUUGGCAGCACGUUAUAUGGUAUACCAUGUGGAUUGACUGAAGAAAAGAAAUCACACCGUUGCUAGUUACCGAGAAAUAUUGAGCAAAUAAAACGAGGAACAAAUGUGUGAAUGAUAGGAUAGAUAGUUAUCUCGUCAUAACGAGAUCAGAAGAAAAAACAUCUAGAAGAAGCAUGUGCUUUGUUUGGUUUCUUCGUUGGGCAUACGGAGGCACUACAACUCCACAGCUGAGACCUCUUUGGCAUCUACUUUAAAAGUAAAGUACUAUGAAAUUAUUUGAACGCUUAUGACAAUAAAACGUAUAGCGCACACUGCAGCCAAUGUAAAAAUAUUUACUGUACCGAGGAAAUGAAGUCAACAGUACUGUAAACGAUCCUCAUACUACAAGACGCAAUUAGAAAAUCGAUGAGACAUCGAACCAAAAAGAAAAUGACCUGUAGUAAAUUUAUAAUGAAUGGAAAUUUUCGAAGAUUAAAAUUGAACGGAAAAGGUAGGUGAAUGGAAGGAAAAAUAAACUUCCGAAAUCGUUA